CUUUACCUCAUCAUCUCCGAUUCAUAACCCCCAACCUACAAAUUUCUACGUCUUCGCUUCCACCUCAUCCGCAAUAUAGUCCUUUCACAAUCGCCAUCACUUGUUCAACCAGAAACGUAUCAAACAAAAUUCCAUUUCUAUUGGCAUUAAUCCAUCUCGACCACAUUACGACUUGCAUAUUUCAUAUCUCAAAAUGCUUGCACGGACGCUAGCAACCGCUGCUCGACGAGUCGUCGCAUCAGCAGCUCCUCGCGUUGCCACCCGCCAGACUCUCAACCCGGCCGCCAGCAUUGCGCGCCGAUCAUACCACGAGAAAGUUUUGGACCACUACAGCCGACCGCGCAACGUAGGCUCUAUGCUCAAGUCUGAUGUCGACGUCGGUACCGGCCUAGUCGGCGCCCCAGCAUGUGGCGACGUCAUGAAACUUCAAAUUCGGGUCGAUCCGAAGAGCAACACCAUAUCCGACGUAAAGUUCAAGACUUUUGGAUGCGGCAGCGCUAUCGCAAGUUCGAGCUACCUAACAGAGCUGGUGAGAGGUAUGACCCUCGAGGAGGCAGGCCGUAUCAAGAAUACCGAGAUUGCCCAGGAGCUUUGCCUACCACCUGUCAAACUUCAUUGUUCCAUGUUAGCCGAGGAUGCCAUCAAAUCUGCUAUCUCCGACUACUACGGCAAGAACCCUCAUGCCAAGCCAACAAACCUUGCUGGUACUGGCGCAAAGAUGCCCAGUAUUAGUGAGGCCGCGACGGCAACUGCUUAAUGAUGAACACACGGAACCGAACGUGAAGGAUUCAUUCGUUACUUGCAUGGGAUACGGAGUUUAGAUGGGGAAUUAAAAGUCGCGGCUUUGAUACGCAGUCCAAACGGGGAUACCGGUAUGUGACUGCUUAUGAUAAUUUGAUAUCGCUGUGCGUUGUUCCGUUGUGAGGGAUUUUUGAUGUUACGGCUAUUUUUUAACUCAGGCCGAAGUUGAAUGCGAUGAACUUUGAUCUCCUCAGUAAUCGAGUUAUCAAGCUUAGGUUUUCGAGCACUCAUUAAGAGAUGUACAAUAGUCCUCGCUCGGAAUAAAAUCGUAAAACCUCGUGGCUAUUUAAUUUUUUAUUAAUGUUUAGUGAGGUGCAUGGCUGUAGCAUUUACUAUGUUGUAAGUUAGGCGUCAGGAUCCAAAGGAAUUAGGGUAUUCCCAUUCUCAAUCGACCUUUAUGCAAUGAAUAACUACCUCCUACUCGAGUCACGAUGAGAGCAUGUCUG